CAAAAGCGCAUCCCCAGAGGACCUUCCUCUUCCAAGGGAAUCUGAUGGUAUCCAAAGUUUUUGUCUGUUGCUUCAAGUGGCUGUCCAUCAGCGCGAUCCGCUAGAAACCCUCACGCAGUUUACUGCUUCCUUCACCUUGCCAAAUAGAGAGCUAUAGUAUUAUUGCAACUACUGCCUCUGAAAGCCCCAAUGACUCUUCCAUACUUCUUGCUGCAACGACACGGUCUACGCUUCCAGACCUUGGAAGGGAGCUCCGUUGAACGAACGACGACAUCCAAUAGCGACCUUGUUGCGCAAUCUACAAAGAUCCACGGGUCAAAAAAAUGUGAACCUCAGCCUCCCAGUGAUGGAAAGCUUUGCAGCUACUGCACAGAGCUGAUGAGGAAAGCCAGUAAAGAUAGAGACGACGGCAAAGAUGGGUUUCGCCAUUAUGCACUGCUCACUGACCUGAGAAAUUCGAGUGCCGAUUGCUCCAUGUGCUUUGCUCUACUACAAACUUUCGAUCCUGAAGACGUCGCAGCAGCUAUAUUGCCAAUUCUAGAGCACGAGGUAUGGAGGUUAGCUUGCAGAGACAAAACUUUUAAUUUCUUUCGAUACUCGGCGCGUGUCAGGAACUUUACUCUCGGAGGCUUGUAUCGCAGCAAGAAGGAUUUCCGGGAAAAGGAAAAUGGGGAUGAAUAUUGUUCCGGAAGAACGCUUGUCUUCUGCAUCGGUGAUGGCCCUGUCUCCCGUCGACCCUUUUGGACGAGCGGAAGCAUUCCCGAUGCAUUCUUUGAACGAAUCACUACUCCUGUCCUAUCAGAAUGGAUCAAAGACUGCAAUGAAGGCUUUGAACAUGCAGCUUGUCAUUCAAGAUCCGAAAAUGUUCAAACACCUUUGCCAACCAGAGUCCUUGAUGUCGGUCCUUUCCUGAGCGGAAUUGAAGCAAAAGUUAUUCUGUCAUCAGGUAGAACAGGUAGAUACAUAGCACUAAGCCACUGCUGGGGAACACAUCAACCCCUCACCACAACAUCAGCGUCGCUUCCUGAACGGAUGGUAGGAAUCUCGCAAGAACAGCUUCCGCCAACAUUCUGGCACGCAAUCCAAGUCACUCGAAAACUAGGAAUAAAAUACUUGUGGAUUGAUAGUCUUUGCAUAAUUCAAGGAGAUCGAGAGGAUUGGGGAAGUGAAGCUGUAAAGAUGGGAGACGUGUACCACAAUGCCUACAUCACCAUAGCCGCGGCUGCAGCGACAAACUCUCUGGGUGGUUUGUUCUGGCCUUGCAAGCAAGCUUCGUCGUUCUACGCCGAUGAAGGGGUUCCCAUUCGCUGGAAAUGUCAAGACCGUACCCACUCGACUAAUAUAUGGCCCAUAUACGAUUCCCCGUUGGGAAGAAGAGCAUGGACGCUUCAAGAGGCUUUACUUUCAACCAGGGUGAUUCAUUUCGGCGAAGAUCAGCUGUAUUGGGAAUGUGCAAGCAAGCGUUGUUCUGAAGAUGGGGCAGUUAAUGUCUUACAUGAGAAAACCUACCUCUCCCUUAGACCGUCCAAAGACACACCGAUCACGUUUGCUAUGUUGGGUGGAGCGAAAAUAGAGCGCGUGCAUGCGAAUUGGAUGUCCAUGGCUAUGACAUAUAGCCGGCGGCAAAUAACCCAACUUGGCGACAAGAUACCUGCUUUGGUUGGAAUCACGGCCUUUAGUAAAUCUUUGACGGGAGAUUUCCAUUUGCUGGGCCUAUGGCGAAGUACUUUGCACGCGGAUCUGCUUUGGCAGAUUCCGAAAGGUGAUGCAAAGGCGAUGCCGUCUGAUAUUGGGCUGCCUUCUUGGUCAUGGCUUUCAGUCAAUGGAGCCAUAGAUUAUCCGGAAUACUUUUCCAGGUCCAAUCCAGAGAUGGAGCUGAUUCGAAGUCAUAUCGAAUGGACAGGAGUCGAAAACGUCUCGAGGAUCUCGAUUGCUGAGCUUGUGAUUAGUGGAAGAUUGAACAAUGCUACCCUUCUACGUGGCACGGGCAAACGUCCAACCAAAGGGACUCGCAAAGGAGCAUUCACUUUACAGAUGAGAAACGAGACUCACAACUCUAUGUGUAUUGGUAAAGCGCGUGUGGACUGCGAUGAUGGCAUUGCUGAGCUGUCAGUAUGGUGCCUGCUCGUUCAAACAACUCCAGAGAACGGCAAGCGUCCCAGAUACUUCGAGGUUCUACUUUUGGACCCUGUUGAUAUUGAUGGUGGCAAAUAUCGUCGUGUUGGUACUGGAGCGUUUCGGGAUUCAAAAGAGUUGUGGAAUAGACAGAACGAUGAAUCGUCUGGCGUAUCACAGCUGCUGAUCGCUCCCUUCGAUGGCGUGAAAAGAAUUAAAUUCGUCUUAAUAUGAAAUACAGGUGAUCGUAUUAGC